AUGCUCAAGAAAUUGCGCAAAAUACUUUGUUGCUCCGCAGGGGACACAGAAUAUGGCGUGGAAGAAUGCAUUCGUCCUAUUCGCGUGUCCCAAAAUGGUAAUAGCGAAGCUGAACUCAAAGCCAUCUCUAAAGAAGAGGUACAACCAGAUGACAGCAAGAUCGCGGACAAAGCCGACGGCAAGGCGACAACCGAAACCACUGGCAAGGCAUCUUCUACCAACACGGAACACGCCGAUGGAACGGUCGACACGAUUGUGAAAUGCAAUACGAGGGGGUCUCUCUGGAAAAGAGCCUUUGACGAACUGGACGACGAUCGCAAAAGGCACCUUCCCCAAGAAGACGAAAUAAAGUCCCCAAAACAAGCGAUUCAAGAGGUUAUAAGCAAGACGGAAGAGAGCUUCAAAAAAUACAACAGUGGAGGAUUCAAGAUCAAGACCCAAAGCGGAAAAGAGGUCAACGUUCGUGAUAUGACCAAGAACAUACUCAACUCAGCAAUGCACUGUUCCGACAUAGUCAAAGGGAUCGUGGCUUUUGAUGCUACUAGCUACGCAUCGAGUGCAUGGACGAUCAUCUCUUUCGGAUUAGGGAUGGUCAAGAACUAUCAAGAUCAGCAAGAAGCAAUCUAUGAAUCCUCUGCCUUUCUUGCAAACAUCCUCGCCCGAUAUUCCAUACUAGAGAGUCUCUAUCUCAAGGGCCAGCUUCAGACGCAAGACGCCAUUGUAAGGGUGUAUAAAGCUAUUCUCGAAUACGCCUCAGAGGUAAACAAGCGCCAGGAAGCGAGUAGGAUGAAAAACAUUGUGAAUGGCAUAUUUCCCGUCUCCGACACACAACUGACAACGCUGAAAUCUACUGUGAAGGAACAAGACCAGACAGUUCGGGAUUGGAGUGUAGUCGAAGACAAGCUAGCUCAAACUGAGCUGGCUGAAAAAGCGUUGACCAGAAUAGAAAAUACUUUCCAAAACACCGAGACUAUUAAAUACGAAGUUGAUGGGACAAAAAGACAGAGAUUAUUGGACUGGCUCUCCACCACACGGUAUUCACAGACACAGAACGACAACCAAGAUAUUCGAUCAGACCAGACUGGUGAUUGGUUGCUGUCUUCAAAUGAGUAUCUCCGGUGGAAAGCCACUCCUGGAGAGACUCUCUGGCUGCAUGGGCCUGCGGGUUGUGGGAAGUCGAUUCUAUGCUCCACCGUGAUAAAGGACCUCAUCCAUAGCUGCGAUGUCGACAACUCGAAAAAAUGCGCAUACUGGUACUUCCAAUUCAGCAACCAAGAAACACAAGAUGUCAAACAGAUGACAAGAUCAAUCAUUAGACAGCUUGUAUCUGAGGGAAUUCCGGCAUCACUUUUUAAUUUGUGGAAAACGCAUGAUGGCCCCAAUCGUGAUCCAGACCAAGAAAAGCUGCUGUCAAUUUUUGACGAGGUCCUUAGCAGUAUCACAGCCAACAGCACAUAUAUUGUAUUGGAUGCACUUGACGAGUAUCCCGAACAGAAAAACUAUGGAAGGAGACCAUUGUUCACAGUAUUCGAGCAGCUUAUGAAACAUGACCACAAGGUUCAUUUACUUGUCAAAAGUCGGUUUCAAGAAGACAUUGAAUUGCAGCUACAUGGAGAAACAAGACUAGAUCUUGGACAAAGGAUUAACGAAGAUGUGGAGAGGUUUAUCCGCAAAGCACUUGAGAAGGAAAAGUUCACCAUCUUGUCUCAAACAGUGAAAGACCAGAUUGUGCAGAGACUACUAGAGACAGAGGAGCGGUGA